AGAUGAGCCUAUACAACCAACACAAGCUUCACAUUCUUCACUGCCAAAGCUUUCACUUGUUCUGCGAUUCCUUUAUACCCAUUGAAAAGAAUGGCUAUUCAUAUGCCUUGCAUUAUUCAUGCUAAACAAAUCCUCCUAAGGUCUUUAUCAUUGAAAGCAAACCAAGCAACUUCAUCAUCAGCAGUAGAUGUUCCCAAGGGCCAUUUUGCAGUAUAUGUUGGAGAGAGUGAACGGAAGCGAUUUGUAAUUCCAAUAUCAUACUUGAACAACCCUUCAUUCCAAGAUUUGUUAAGCGAAGCUGAGGAAGAAUUUGGGUUUGAUCAUCCAAUGGGCAGUCUCACCCUUCCCUGCAGAGAAGACAUCUUCAUUGAUCUCACUUCACAAUUGAGUCAAUCAUGACUUAUGAUAGAAGUGCUAGGAUAUGUUAGCAAAUACAAUUUUGUAAAGCACAAGCUACCCAUUUCAUAUACAUUUUUGUUUCUUUAACACAAAUGCCAAGAUGAAAUCAUUUGAAUUCAUCACUCCUGUUUAUAUACUUAAAAUAUUGUUCAUACAAA